CCCCGCCUGGCGACUGGGCCGAACACAACUCCGGCUCAAGCCCAACCUUCCACCACCGCUCCCGUCUCCCUCCCUGGCCUCCUCGCGUCGCGUUCCUCUCGUCCGUACGUCGACGCCGCCGACCGGCUCGCACCGCGGACAGUAACUCAGUCCGAUCGAGCCUCCCUCUUCCCAGAUUCGGGUCCUGGCUACAGCCGCCGCCGCAUCCGUCGCCUUCAUACCGCGUGCUCUCGCUCGCGCUCCCUCUACGACUGGGCGGGCUACCGCAGCCGCCGCCCUACGCCAGGUGCCGAGCCCUUCGCCGAUCUCUUCGCCGACGAAGAGCGCCCACAAGUAGACCGAUGGAGUGCGUGGUGCAGGGAAUCAUCGAGACCCAGCAUGUCGAAGCUCUGGAGGUUCUUCUCCAGGGUCUCUCUGGUGUCCCAAAAGAGCGUGUUAGGGUGCAUGAGCUCUGCCUUAAAAGUGGACCCAAUCUAGGUGUUGUCCCAUCGGAGGUUCGUUUGUUGUGUGACUUAGCUCAGCCCACACCAUCCUGGACCAUAAGACAUGUUGGUGGUGCCAUGAGAGGUGCUGGUGCAGAGCAAAUCUCAGUUCUGGUUCGUACAAUUGUGGAGAGCAAAGCUAGCAAGAACGUCUUGCACUACUUCUACACUCUAGGGUACAAGCUAGACCAUGAACUCUUGAAGAUUGGUUUUGCGUUUCGUUUCCACCGAGGUGCCCAAAUCACUGUCACUGUUACAUCUACUAACAAGAUGCCAAGGCUCCAUGCUACCGAUGAGGCUGUGCCAGUCACUCCUGGCAUACAGUUAGUGGAAAUCACAGCCCCUGCUGCUGCUGAUAAUUACAAUGAUGUUGUUUCAGCUGUCUCUGCAUUCUGUGAAUAUCUUGCCCCGCUUCUGCAUCUGUCAAAACCAGGACACUCGACUGGAAUUGUUGCAACUGCAGGCGCUGCUGCUGCCUCACUCAUGUCAAGUGGUGGUGGCAAAACCUUGUAAUGCUGCCGCUACAGCCAAAGUCCAUUCUUUGAGAUGAGUGGGCGUGGCUGAUGAGGUGGCCUUCUUCAGGCUGAGCAAUCAGUUUUGCCUGCUAGUGGUGGCCUUCUUCAGGCUGAGCAAUCAGUUUUGCUUCUGGUGCCAACCUAGGUGGUGGUUUGACUGAUUGCAUGAUUGCUGAUGGGGUCGUGCCUUGUAGUUGCAGGUCCGCACCUGUUGUGUACAUGCAUUAUUUUUAGUAAACUUAUUGACCAAAUUAUUUAGCUGGCAACGUGAUCUGAUCUAUGUAUACCUGUUCUAGAGUCAAGUUCUCACAGUUUUUGCAAUGCUUUAUUGGCUGCAAGUAGAUGGCCAAUAUUGCUGCCAUCUGAUCUGAUCAUGUACCAAAUUAUUUUUAGUAAUCUCAUGAUGUCUCAGUGAGUUGUGUUUU